UUCACGAAGACGAUGCGCCGAUUAUAAAUCUAAUUCGCCAAAUUUCAACAACCCCCAAUAUUUUUGUUUUACCCUGCUGAAAUCGAAAAGGAAUCUCACAAAUGGCUAAAGAAGUAUCACAAGGAGACAACCAUGCAAGUGUGAAGGCUCCUCCCGAGCCUUCACCAUUGAGAAAAGCAAAAUUUUUUAAGGCAAACAUGAGAAUCUUGAUUACUGGUGGAGCUGGAUUUAUCGGGUCGCACUUAGUUGAUAAGCUGAUGGAAAACGAGAAGAAUGAGGUAAUUGUAGCCGACAACUACUUCACUGGAUCGAAGGACAACUUGAAGAAAUGGAUUGGUCAUCCACGGUUUGAGCUUAUUCGUCAUGACGUGACAGAGGUAAUCGGGACACUUAACGUGUUGGGACUUGCGAAGCGAGUCGGGGCAAGGAUUUUGCUGACAUCAACAUCAGAGGUAUAUGGCGAUCCGCUCGUGCAUCCUCAGACUGAAGAUUACUGGGGCAAUGUCAACCCUAUAGGAGUUAGGAGCUGUUACGAUGAGGGAAAACGAGUAGCUGAAACUUUGAUGUUUGACUACCAUAGGCAGCAUGGACUUGAAAUAAGGAUUGCAAGAAUCUUCAACACUUACGGACCACGGAUGAAUAUCGACGAUGGUCGGGUUGUCAGUAAUUUCAUUGCUCAAGCUAUACGUGACGAACCUUUGACCGUCCAAUUGCCUGGAACACAGACGAGAAGCUUUUGCUACGUCUCUGACAUGGUUGAUGGUCUUAUUCGACUAAUGGAAGGAGACAAUACAGGGCCAAUUAACAUCGGCAAUCCAGGUGAAUUUACAAUGCUUGAGCUCGCCGAGACUGUGAAAGAGAUGAUAAAUCCAGAAGUGAAAAUCGUAACAGUGGAGAACACGCCGGAUGAUCCGAGACAAAGAAAGCCAGAUAUUACAAAGGCGAAAGAAUUGCUCGGCUGGGAACCGAAGAUCAAACUGCGCGAAGGCAUUCCUCUCAUGGAGGAGGAUUUUCGACAGAGGCUCGGUAUUCCAUCCAACAAGAACUGAAUAAAUACAUCUCUGCUGUUUCAGACAACUUCCUAAUUCAAAUUAAUAUUUAGUUGUGGAGAACUCUAUUUUAAAUUAUACUUAUUUAUUUUCAAUAAAUUUAUUAUAAUUAUGUUUCUUUGAUUUUUCAUUGCAUGUAAUUGUAUUGACCAUUUCUUUCUUAAAUGCGGCCAAACUUUUUUCACUUU